UACUUCAGCAACACGAGAUUUGAUAAGUAAACACAAAGAUUUGAAAUGUAAACUACAGCUCUAUAGGUGUGGUUUAUAGGUUUCUUGUAACUAAUGGUGACAAGUCGUGAAAUAGCCUGCGGUUGGGCUCAGGAAGUCUCUGAGCAUCGAGAGAGAGAGAGAGAUGACUACAUUUCCUGAACUUCCCUGAACCCCACUUGUCUCCCCACAAAUAGAAAUUACAAAAAGAAGAAGCUGCCUUCAUUCCUUAGUCAGCAAGUUCCGUUAACUUCCCUGUUGUCACCGACAUUGGCAAACUCUUCCAAGACAAUUUCUGGCUUGUGGUUUUACAUGUGUGUCUGUGUCUGUGUCUGUGUCUGUGUGUGCAUUUUGCAUAAUUUCAGCUUGUUUCAGCUUUAUUUUUUUCUUAGAGCCAUUCCUAGAAAGUUUGAAUCAUCUUUUUAAGAACUUUCAAUAAUAUGUUUUAUAGCUGUGAUGUUAAUAUUCCCAUCUCCAUCCUAAUGUCCCGAGCAUACACAUGGAGUCUCUACACCUAAACAAAGCACCAAUAACGCACAUAGUGAUUAUGCCACGUGAGAUCUCGACUUCAUGAGUCCUGUUGCGUCACUGUGGUCAGUCCUGCUGAACGGAAGACUAUGAUGCUGAGGAAUAGAUACAGAAUAUGUGGACCUUCAUUUAUGCUUGAGGUUUUUUUAUUAUCUUGAAUCUUGAAAGAUAUUUGAUGUUCAAUGUCUCCGCAGAGACUUUCUUUCAUUUUGACUAAUGGGUGACAUACUAUCCAUCACAAUGUUGAUGUGACUGAUCUUUGAUCUAUCUUUGAACAACAUACCCUGUAUCGAGGAGUGGGAAGAUACCAAGAAUAAUUUGCUAUGAUCAUUACAACAGCUGGGGGGUUGUAGACAUUACAUUCAGAGGAGACUUAACACCCAAAGCAAAGAUUGACAAUGACAGACCAACAGCUUUUUGAAGUUUGUCAUAUGACCAAUGGCACAGAUGGUGGCUAUAUGUCCACUCAUAAUGCGACAUUUCCAUGCCUAAGCUAUGGUACCUCUGCCCUCAGCUCCUUGCAUAACCCUCCAGCAUCUCCACACUUUGCUCAGGACACCCUCAAAUCCCCCAUCACCCCUUGUAAUGACCUUUCACCCAUGGUAGAAAUGCCCAAACCCGGAGGGGCUUGGCUCAGUAAUCACUUGGGUAGAACCACUUCCAACCCAUGGAUGUCAUCUCCUCAGAGUGAUGGAAUAGAUGCCGGAAACCAAGUCAACCAGCAUCCCAGGAUGUACCCAUUUUCUUCCUUUUCACUUAUGAACUCGGAGAUGUCUUCCAAACCACAUGGGGGUGCCCUCCAGAGACUGGACCCAUUCACCCAGGCAUUCCCCAACCAAAACCUGGGUGUUCUGCGAAGCAACAGCCUCAGCACCGAUAACGGCAGCCCCAGUGCUAUGGACGACAGCCCCAUGUUGCUAUCGCCCCAAGCUGGGUCACCCAUUGACCAUGUGCUGUUCAGUCAGUCAACAAACCGCUUCAACCAACUGCUAAUGAACUCGGGGCAGCCCCAACACAAUCACCAGCCUGGGGACCAGAUCACCAGCCCACUUCUUGGACGACCGCAGACCCAAUAUGGCUACCAGCCACAGCAACAGGCAGGGCAUGUAACCGAUGGCCAGCAGGGGUACCACAGCCAGCAGCACUCUCAGCAGCCCAACCAGAGCCUCCCCAGACCGCGUUUCCUGUCUCUAGCCCAACACCAUCAGUCAGUCCACCCCCAGCACCAAGGAGCGUACCUUCAGACCAACGAGCGGGAGGCCCAGGACUCUCACCCUCCUCCGUCCCCUCAGGCGCUGUCUUUCUACUAUGGGCAGAACUGCAAGGGUCCAGACCAGCAGGUCUCCUUCACGAGCACCACACACCAGCCACCCGCACUCUUCCAAGACAGCCAGUCCUACCUGCAUUUACCCUCUCAUCACAACAGCUGCCAGCAACCACAGGCUCAGGUGCUGGCGGACUACCAGCAUGGUCUGAGCUCCAAGCAUCACCAGUUUGACAGACAGAACUCUGGGAGUUUGAGUUCUCCCACCAUACAGGGACUAUGCAGCAGCCCUCUUGACAGGGUUCCUUGUGUGGACUACAACUCAACCCACAACCAGAGGGACAGCCACUGUUGCCUACCUCCUCACCAUCCUAUGCCAAGCAGGAGGGAACUCCAGCAAUCCCAACCUUCAGCUGCCAUGCAGUGGCCUCCGAUGGCUGGAGGAACAGGUUUCCUACAAGACCCUGUCUCUCCACAUUGCAUGCCUCGUGUAGAGACGGCCCAGCGGAAAGUGACUGGUACCAAACUGAGGUGCACUGUGUGUCAGCGAGAGUUCAAGAGCCUGCCAGCACUAAACGGCCACAUGCGCUCCCAUGGUGGCUUCAAAACACAGCCCCCAACCACCAGAAUGAAAGAGGAGGCUCAGGAGCUCCAUCCUGAGGUCAAAUCUCCUGUUCCAAUGGUCAUGCCGGUGUCUGUGCCUGUCAAGGCCUCACCAGGGCCAAUCAAGUUCUCUCCCAUUCCUCAGUUCUCUGAGAUGGGCAGAGACCCAGAGGAUCUGACCGGGCUGUACCCACACGCUGUGUGUAGCCAGAGGCCCAUGUCCCCAGCUACCUCCACCCAUCUCCCCCCACUUCAAAUCCCUGCCCCUGAGCCACAUAGAGACUCCUGUGAGGAAGAGGAGUCCCUGGACAUAAAGCCCGAGAGGAAGAAGCUCCAACACCGCCUGCUGCCUCUCUUCAUCCCCUCCCCGAGUCCCUUCCCCGUGGCCAGAGGAGCUGUCCUGUUCCGGAGCCAGCUCCGCUCCCCGGGACCCGAGGGGGGCGUUCCCUACACGCCGCCGCCGAUGCUCAGCCCCAUCCGCCCGGGCUCCGGCCUGUUCAGCAGCGUGUGUGGGGUAGACGUCCCGAGCUCAGGGACGCCGGUUCCCACCCGAGUGCACCUCUGCAAGACCGGUGAUCGUCCUCCGCUCAACGAUGAGAGCAUUCAUUGUGAAACUCCAGGCCAAAGAACACCCCUCCGCAUUGAGCCACGUAUCAACAUUGGAAAUCGUUUUCAAGCAGACAUUCCAUGUUUACUCAACAAGUCAGAAGUGACCAAAGACCCACACAAGGCCACCCUGGUGUGGUCCUCUUGGAAUGAUCUGGGCAUUCCCUGUGAGCAACAGAAAGUGGAUGACUUGCUACGGCUGGCCUGCUGCAGCGCUCUCCCCGCGGGAGGAACCAACACAGAACUGGCCCUUCACUGUCUGUUCCAGUGCAGAGGAGACGUCAUGGCAACCGUGGAGAAGCUCCUGAUGUUGGAUCCGACAAAAGCCGCGUUUCAGCCAAUUGCCGGCUAUCAUUAUGCAGGUUCCGAUAAGUGGACAGUGCAAGAGAGGAGACAGCUCAACAAGGCGCUGGACAAACACCAUAAAGACUUCUUUCUGGUCCAAAAAAUGGUACGGACGAAGACCGUAGCUCAGUGCGUGGAGUUCUACUACACGUGGAAGCGGAGAUCUCGUGGAGGCAGACGUCUUAACGUUGGCCUCACUGCCCCGGCGGCAGACAGUGAGGUGAAUUGGGAGGAUUGCAGGCUGGCCUUGCUGAAGCGUAGUGGCCUGGACAAGAAAAACUCCACUGACUUUGCAGACUGCUCAGACUGCCUGGCUACGUCUCUGGGCUAUGAAGGGCUCAGCAAUAUUUCUGUUCUGGAUGGGUACAGUGAGACACUGAGUGCAGCAGGAAGACGCUCCAGGCCCCCAGCCGAGAGGGGCCUUCCCCAGUCCGGUCAGCACCUGGCUCCAGCCUCAAUGAAGAGUUCACCAGCUCACAGCACCACCAGCGGAGACACCGACACUACGCUCGCCUUCCCCUGCAGAGAGUGUGGGAAGGUCUUCCUCAAGGUCAAAAGUCGUAAUGCUCACAUGAAGACUCAUCGCCAGCAGGAGGUGCCACUGUGCUGGCCGAUCCCGAUGCAGAGACCCCUAGAGGACAGCCUCGAUAUGACACCCGCAAGCCCAUACAAAGCUCCCCCUCAACUGCUCAUGUUAUCUGGCAGUCACAUUAAUGGAUCUCAAGGUCCCCAGAUUAAGGAUGUGAACUUGCACAGGGAUGAGGUUCAACAUCUGAACACACAUGGGAUACAAGCCAAUUCACUGGGGUGAAAAAUAUAUGAGGGAGAACAAAAGUGAAAUGGAGCUUUAAUAUAACCUGAAGCUUGGAAAGUAGAGUGAUUUUGACAUGUAGCCUAAUGGCAGAGGAUUUUUUACGUUUCUGUUGCGCACCAGAUGCUUGUGCAUGCACACCGGAACCUUCUCAUGCUCACUAGAAACUCAAAGCCCUUAAGAGGACACGGGCGAACAAAGUUGCCAGUUUCUGGUGCACACCAGAUAGUUUCCCAUGCUCACCAGAAACUUUUGUGUGCACACCAGAAAUGUUAUUGUGCUUACCAGAAACUAUCUGGUGCGCACCAGAAAUUUGACACUUCAAGGGCUCUGUUGGAUCCUUCCCUAAAAUGAUAAAAUAACAAUUGGCUUAACAGUGGUAACAUUUCUGGUGGACAUUUUCUUUUUUUGUACAGACUCAAACUGUAGCUACUGCAGUGUAAAUGCGUUGACAUUGAAUUCUUCUGUAAAUGAGAUUGUUAAUGAUAAUUAUUUGCACUUUGAGAAAUUGAGGGAUUAAGAAUAGGUUUAACAGUGAUAGGAAAGACGGCUCUGUUGCAUUUAAAUUCAGAAAGUAAUGGAAUAACAAUUAGUUCUACAGUGGUAACAUAUUUAUGGUGGACAUUUUCUCUUUUUUUUGUACAGACUCAAACUGUUACUGAAGUGUAAAUGUUUUGAGUGCUUUGGAAAAGAUGGCUCUGUUGCAUUUAUCAAGUCUCCUGCGAAUGAGAUUGAAAAUGACAGAUAUUUGCACUUUCACAAAUCCAGAUGUCAGUGGGAUAACAUGCUUGUGCUUGCCUAUGUGCUUGUUAUUGCUAGGAGGCUACUUGUGCAUGAAUAUACUGUGUAAAAUGUCUGAUAACACUGAAGAGUGCUCGAUCAAACUUUUGAUUGCCUCCUUAAACUGUGCUGUUAGUGGCUUUUUAAAAAUGUUCGUUCAACUUAAUCUUCCCCCUGAUUUGUACUAAAUGAGAGCUCAUCACAAGUUCCCAAUGGUAUGCAAUGAUAUGAGUAUGAGAAUCUGUAAGUGUUUGCGGAAAAAGUUCAGUCCUUGAUGUUCUCCAUCCCACUCCUACAAAUUCAACAAAAUUCUCCUCACUAUCGUCUAGCUAGCUGAUCAGAGUGUGUUCUCAAACAUUGUUGUUUAUGAACAGUAAUGGUUUAGACUGGGAAUUGGCCACCUAGCCAACUAUUACUACCAUUGAACACAUUAGGUGCCUCUCAUUCAGCGUUUAUACGUCCUCCCUCGCUCCUCGGGCCUCGAUCCUCACUGAUCUACAUAAAGAAUGACGGGGCGGCAACAAUGGGAUAGUCUAUCCCUUCUUCUAUCUUUCUUUAUGUAGAUCAGUGAGGAUCGAGGAGCGAGGGAGGACGUAUAAACGUUGAGUGAGAGGCACCCCUUGUAUGUGCUCAAAUAUCAGCAACUUUUUGCCAGGAUCAAGGACUGCUCCUUUAUUGUGAUAAAAUGUAGUAAUUCGAAAUAAAAGCACUUUUUAACAAAACCACUAGAUGGUGAUGGAGCAGGAGUAGGCCUAGCCUUAUUUCUGACCAACAAAGUGAAGGCAUGGAGAUAUUGAGGUUGUGGGUCUGACUUUUCUUCUUUCUUUCUUUGGAGACACACAAUAUGUAAGGAAUAGCUAAUUAUUCCUCCUCAGGUUACUUUUUCCUACAGUAGUUGAAUGCAGUCGUGUUGAUGUUAUAAAUGAUUUACCAAAUAAAGUUUAAAUUGCUUAUUUUCUAA